GGGAUUUUACUAGGUAGAUAAAAAAAAAGUGUCGGUAUUGUUGUGAGUAUCAAACCCUAAAACCAACAUCAGUCCUCACCCAAACAGAGAAGAAGAAUCAAAAACAAGAUCAAGGAUAAUGAUUUGAAGGAAAUCAACAAUAAGACAUGCAAUGCAGUUAACCAAAUCAUCAGUAGCUCCAUAUCUAAAUUUCCGUCUUGUUUUAUUAUUAAUCUUCCCUUGUUUUUCGUUCUUAAUUUUUUUAUCUCUUUCUUCCACUAAUACUAAUUUCUUACAAGUAGCCGUAAGAAGUAAAUCGGUGCCAGAUUUGACUCGGUUGAGAAAUGAAGAUGAGAAAAAGAAAGAGUUAUUAUUACGGUCAAGAAUUGCUGUGUGUUUAGUAGGUGGAGCAAGAAAAUUCGAACUCACUGGACCGUCAAUCGUGGAGAAUGUGCUGAAUGUUUACCCUAAUACAGAUCUUUUCUUACAUUCUCCAUUAGAUAAAGACUCGUUCAAGUUUUCAAUUUUCAAAGACAUUGCUCCAAGAAUCGCUUCGAUUCGCAUUUUUAAACCGACUAAGCUAAACGAGACGGAGUCUCAACGGCGCGUCCUCACUCCAAGCGAUUCUCCUAACGGCAUACAGGGUUUGCUUCAAUACUUCAGCCUUGUAGAAGGUUGCUUGACAAUGAUCAACGAUUUCCAAAUACAGAAUAACUUUACUUACGACUGGAUCGUCCGAACCCGAGUAUAUGGCUACUGGAACGCUCCACUUUCCCCGGAUAACUUCUUACCAAAUGACCAUUACCUAGUCCCAUCAGGUUUAAACUACCGUGGAUGCAACGACAGACUUGGAAUUGGUAAUCUCUACACUUCAAAAAUCGCACUAUCUCGGCUGUCUCUGAUACCACAACUAGACGCAGCAGGGUUUCGACAAGUCAACUCGGAGACUUCUUUCAAAGCUCAACUCACUACAGAAGGUGUAAAGUUCUUUGAAAAUCAUCUUCCUUUCUGCGUAGUAAGUCCUCGCACGUUCGAUUUUCCACCGACUCGGUAUGGUGUCCCUAUUGCAUCAAUAUCGAGCCCAGGUCCACGCAGCGGGGCAUUUUGUAGACCAUGUAAACCUGUUUGUACUGGUGCAUGCGCGGAUGAAAUAAUGCAGAUCCUGAAAAUAGGAUGGAGGAUUGAAGGGGGAAACGGAACGAUUCAGCUUUGUGAUGCUCAUGGUGAGUGGGAAUCCGGCUGGGAGAAUAAUUUUGACCGAUUUGCAGGAGAGAAGCUCGCGGAGCUUAGGAGACGAGUUAUGGAGUCGAAAUUCGAAAAAUGUGUGAAUGAUUUUGAUGAGAUGAAGAAACGGACUGUUAAUUGGGAUGCCCCAGAUGCUAAACAGAUUUGUGGAAUUGCUUCGAGACGUUAGUAAAGAAAACGCGCAAGUUGUAGUCGUUGCCACCAAGUAAGAGCUGCAAGAAGUAUGUAGAAGUAUAUUUUGUUCAUCAAAAUACACUAAUCGAGUUCUUUGGGGGCGAGGGUGCCUCUCUCGUGGCAGGCCCCUUGAUAUUUUUGAAAUUAUACACACUACCACCGUGUGAAAAAAACUACACAAUUUGUAUUCUAAUGU